AGGAGCAAUCUUCCCCAUGAUGAGAAUUGGUAAUUUUUGUCAAAGUACGACUCUGUGGCCCGCCUCUCCUGGUAAAAAGGCAGAAUGUGCCAUUGCUUCUAAGCGGCAUCAAGAUGAAUCUGAAUCUGUUGUAUGCCAUCUUCACAGUUACAUCACGAUCCCUGGAAUUUCAAUCUUGUGCAAGACUGCAAUCUAGAUGAAGUAGAGGAAGUGGUCGUAUCUUCUCAAUGUAGUGGAGGUGUAUCGUCUCCAAGCAGAAGGCAACCCAUCAGGUAUUGAAUCAAUCAUGGAUAGUCGUGAUGAUCAUGAUACGUUUACGUACUUGUUCGUAACCUCCAUAUAUUUUAUUGACAAUGCGGCCAGUAGGUGCGGCAAACAGUGGGACCUAUCUAGUCGUAGUCGGCGAUACUAGGUGUGUGAUGUAUAGUGUUACAACUACUGCAUUAGCUGUUAGGUAGGGAUGCUUCUCGUAUCUUCGUUCUUUCCCUGUUAACCAUAUACACUCGGUUUUGCAUGUAACCUACAACAUCGGACUUCUUUUUGUUUUCCGUUUCUUCUUGGAUUUUCAGUUCAACAAACGAGUUUGUACAUCACACGACCACAACGACUGAACAAUCUCCAAAGACCAAAAAAUGGCUGAAAAACGUAAUCGUUGGGGCGCUGAGCCCGAUGCGCCUGCGGUAAAGCGUAAUCGAUGGGGCGCCGAGCCAGAUGCUGCACCCGCACCGCCUGCUGCAGCAGCUGCUAUGGCUGCCAUGGAGAGCCUCAAAAAGAAAAAAAAUCUAGCAGAACAAGUCAAUAACUUGAGGUACUGAAGCCUUUCUUACGAUUUCAAUCUUUCUCAUGAUAUAGAUAUACCUGAUUCGAUGUCUGUAGCCACUGCCAAUAGCAAUAGUCGGACCAUGUCAAAGGUAUGAGAAUCUUCUGAGAGGUCAUACUCAUUCUCAUACUAGGCAUCAUAAUAUGCAAACCAUAACCGCCUUCAGGGCUCCUAAACUCAUCAUCGAUUCCCUGGGUCGCGAGCUGGAUGAGAACGGCAAAGUGAUUCCGAUGCGAGCGCCGAAUGUCGCGACCUUAAAGAUCAAUCAGAGAUCACGCACUGACGCAGCAGCUGCGUCGGGUGCUACUGGUGGAAGUAAAUUGGCUUCGACGCAUUUACUAGCAAGUCUUGGACCACCUGCGGCAGUGAAAGUUAAGGAUAGCUACAGCCCUAAUCACGGAUUGUCUUUGUCUUAGUCUUACUCUUGCAUGAGGUCAACAUGCAAUAGCAAUAGAUCUAAGGUGGGAAUUGCUUUCACUCUUUCUUCGGAUACCUGAGUCUUCGAUCUCGAAUCGUCAUUUGAUAAAACAUAAACAACUUUAACGGAAACGUCUACCUCUUCUAAUACAAGUUCCGGCAAGAAAGGCAUCCCAGGCGGUGCGCAGUCGAUGGUAUCCACACAGCACGCGAGUGCGGCCGCUGGCGUCGCAUCCAUGAUAUCAGGGAUCGCGUCUCACAUGCGUGUUACUGGAGGCACAGCAAGUAUGAUCAGCAAUGCGCAAGUUCCCGGGACACAAAGCAUGAUGUCCGUACAAAGUUACGCGACGACAACGUCCGUGCAGCCAGCAGUCUCUGCGGUUAGCUCGGUGGUGAAUAAACAGGUACAGAGAUGAUCAUUACUCUUUUAAUACUUGCGGUUGAUCUUGUACUUGAUCAUGAUCGUAUCAACGUCUUCUACAAAAAAUGAACUGAAAAUUUUUACAUUUGCAAAAUUUUGAUGGAUACAGAUAAACUGAAGAUGUAAAAAAAUUUUUCCUCUUGUCCCAUCUCCAACGACAGGGUCUCGAAGUUUUGCAUAGUGGAAGGCAUUUUGACCCAAGUGUGAAGCUGUCAAGGGCUGGAGGGCGUGAUAAGCGUCGUAUGAUGGGUUUCAGUUUUGUACAGGAUGACAAAUACGUCAAGCAACAGGAAGAGAAGCAGAAAGAGGAAGCUAAAAAAGCUGCAGCAAAAGCACUGGAGGAGAAGAAUAGGAAGGGAGCGGAGGUAAUGAUGUUGAUCUACAGCUUUUUAGUAGUAGACAAUUAAUAAUUGGACUCCUUGACUCUUUUGUAAUUUUGUUUCCUAGUUAGAUGUGCUCCACCGAUAUUAGUAUACAAGAUGAAUGAGUUUGAGUUAUUUGUUCAAAUUGAAGCUUGCCUCUUUGAUGUGGUGUUUUCAAGCGUACGGUUGAUAACGACAUCAACAUUUACAUUCAAACCUACAUCAACAGGCUGAAGGCGUACAGCAAUCUGGCGCUGAGUUGAUUGCGAUAUCGACGAAGGCGAACCGGCCUGAGCCGGCUCCCAUCCCAGUCGUGCGCGAAUGGUGGGACACACUCAUUGUUCUAAAGCCAGAUCCAAACAGUGUCUCCUAUGGCGGGAGCUCUUCUUCCUCUUCUCUGGGAGGAUAUGAAGACGCUCAUAACGAUGCAGACCGGAUUGAUGCCAAGAAGAUCACGCAUUUCGUAGAACAUCCAGUGCCGAUCCGACCUGCGACUAUGAACAUGCAAUUGAGCAUUGUCGAGAAACCCUUGGAGAGUAUGCUGACACCGCAGGAGAGGAAAAAGCUGAGACGACGAAAUAGGCAAGAACGUGCGCAACAGAUGCGAGACAAAAUUAAGAUGGGAUUGCUGGAACCGCCACCGCCGAAGGUACAUACUAACAAAUACAUUGAAAACAUAGUAUUGUUGAUUUUCAUGCACCAUGUCUAAAAAUGAGAAUGAUUUAAUAGCAGUAGAACUAGUUUGCCUGCAUCACAUCAUGAAGUUUAAUCUCACUAUUUGUACAAGACCUUCCACCGCCCACCGCAACAGGUAAAAUUCUCAAACUUGAUGCGUGUCUUGGGCGAUGAGCAGAUCGCGAAUCCUACGGAGAUUGAAGCUAGGGUGAAAAAACAGACUGAACAACGACGGCUCGAGCACGAAAAACGCAAUGCCGCUGCCAAACUUGCUCCCGAAGAGCGCAAAUUGAAGAAACAACAGCGUUGGGACGGAAACACGGUCGGCGGUCCCGCACCCAAGACAGACGGCACAUCUCGCGUGAACGAAACGCACGUUUUAGUCUUCUCCUUGAAAGACGUUUCGAACAAGAAGCAUCUGUACAAGAUCAACAUCAACGCAGAACAGUUUCAGCUCACUGGCUGCAUGAUCCUGUGUCCGGGACUCGCGAAUUUGCUGUGCGUAGAAGGCGGCAAGAGAGCGAUCACGCGCUACAGAAAAUUGGUUACGCGGCGUAUCAAGUGGAACGAAAAUGCAGGCGAAGAAAGCGACGACGAAGAAGCAGACGCGAACCCAGCAGAGGAGCCUGCGACGCUCAUGUGGCAAGGUAUUUUUUACACUUUCGACUGGACUACUCUCUCUCUAUACACUUUAGACUUUAGAAGAAACUUACUUGUAAUUCUAUCAAGAAUGACAUUGAAAGUGUCGUGCAGAUCACAUGUUGUAUUGACAUCUGCUCUUUCUUCCACUUAUCUUUGGUGCGACGUUUCCCACACACCAAGAUGAAGACCACCGACACCUCCAACUUCUAAAAUUUUCUUCCCCAAACAACUGCAGGUACGAUUGAAAAGCGACUUUUCGAUAGUUUCAAAGUGCACAACGUGAAGACCGAAGCUGAGGGAAGACAGCUGUUGUCCUCAAGAAACUGCGAAUCGUACUGGACAAUGCUGGAGAGUUUCCGAGAUUCUAAGCAAGAUUUGUAAAUCGAGAAUUGCGGCAGGGCUAGAGGGUGCUUCCGCUUAGAAGGUGUAGCAUGGAGGAGGGCUGCACUUUUUCCCUUGAAAAUUCACGAGGAAUAUAUCCAUAGAAGAAGAUGGAAUAAGCGGAAUACAAUUACUCUUACUCUUCAUCGCAGCCUUCGUUGACGACCUCACAGUUUCACCCAUAACAACAUGUGAAAGCCAUGCCCAUACCCCUUGUCGCCUCCCGAAUUUCGACAUACUCCCAUUGACAAUACAAAUUCGAAGCAUGAAAAUGAAUAUCAUAAAUUUACUUCUACAUAUCGUGGCCCAGGAUUUUUGCUGCACGAGAAAAGUGGGAGUGCGCUAUUCUUGACGCAGAAGGAGGA